AUGAAACUAUUGGUCAGCAGUCUACUCUUGGUAUCACUCGUUGACGUUUCGAGGGCUUUCACGCCCAUCUGCGCCAAGCACUGGGCUUCGACGAAGGAUACGACCAUCCUUCUUCCUCACGCCACCGAGACUGAUGACGAUUGGUAUGCUGAUUUUAAUCCCGAUGAAUACAAAGAUUUGAACGCGGGUUAUUCGUCUUCUCCUUCUCCUUCGCGUUCUUCUUAUUCUUCAUCUUCAGGAGGGGGUGGAUAUGUGGACCACGAUUACCAUCGAGAUAUUGCCGCGGACAACUCCGAUGUGGAUCUCGAUACGGUGAACACUCUUAUUGCCGAACGUCUCCAGUUGAGAAAAACUGGAAGAUUUGAGGAAGCCGAUGCCAUGAGAGACCAACUCUUGGAAGAACAUGGUGUGACGGUUCGAGACAAGGAAGGGACCUGGCGAUCGGGAUGCUCUAGCAGAAGAGGAGGAGGUGGUGGUGGAGGACGAGGAAGAGGCAGUGAACGUGGCGGUGACCGUGGCGGCGGUCGCAGACCACCCCAGGAUUUCGGACCCAAUGGCCAUGAUUACAACUUGGCAGCAGACGCUGGACCGAAUGCAUCGACCUUGUCCGAACCAGAAAUUCAUCAAAUGCUGGCAGAACGUCUUGAAUGCAAGUUAAAUCGCGACUACAGGAAUGCCGAUAGGAUACAAGAAGACCUCCGCAACGCAGGUGUUGUCGUCAACGAUAGAGAAAAGAUGUGGAGGUCUGAUGGUCUUUUGUUUCAAGACAAUUCUGUUCGCAGAUACAAUCAAUCGCGUGAAUCAGCACCUACCGAAGAUUCGGAAGAGAUCCAAAGUUUGAUUAAUCAACGAUCCAAAGCAAAGGCCCAACGUAAUUACAAUGAAGCUGACGAGAUCCGUGAUACACUCCUGAAUGAGUUUGACGUUACCAUUGAUGACAGACGCGCCGAAUGGAGUGUUGGUGGUGCCUUUGGAAUGGUCACAGAACGUGUAAAUAAUAGGAAUCGUGGCUUUGAGAGAGCUCCUGGUUGUCCACCCACUGAAAAUGAUGCACAAAUUGCACAAAUGCUGGAAGAACGAGACGCUGCCAGAAGUGACCGUGAUUUUGACACGGCUGAUAAUAUCAAAGAGGAACUCAAGAUGAUGGAUGUUUACAUUGACGAUCGUAAAAAGCAGUGGUCCAUUGGGGGCGCCGAAGCAAAGAAAUCGGAUUCCUAUCAUCGCCGGGGUGGCGGGUCCUUGACCGAGAGCGAAGAGGCAGAAAUCACCAAUCUUCUCGCGAAACGAUUUGUAAACAAGAAAAAUCGACAGUUCAAGAGUGCCGAUGCGAUUCGAGAUCAACUUAAGGAACAAUACAAUGUACAGAUCGAUGACAGAAACUUUGAAUGGCAUGUUGUCACUGACGGCUUCACCAUGUCUCCAAGCUCCGCACCAGUCAGCGAAGAGACUCAAGAAAUCAUCGACGGUCUAGUGGCCGAGCGUGCACUUGCCAAGCUCAACAAGGAUUAUGAUACUGCUGAUUCCAUCAGAGAUUUGUUGAUGAGCGAGCAUAAUGUAUCGGUUGAUGAUCGGGUGAAGGAAUGGCAAGUUAUCUCUUCUUACGAAAGUGAAAGUCAGGACGAAAUCCGAGCUGUCGCUGUCAAUGUAGAGGCAGAUGUGGAGACUGAUUCCAGUAUUGAUUCCAUUGAAGAAAUUCAAGGGGAGCUUCAAGAGGAGCUUCAAGCGGAACUCCAAGAAGAGCUUCAGGAGGAACUUGAAGAGGACGACGAUGAGGAGGAUGAAGAAGAAGAAGAGCCAGAGGAAGCGGUCGCCAGUGCUGCUACAGAAUCCAUGGAAGAUUUAAAAAAGCUCACAAUCCCAAUGCUGAAGGACAAACUCCGUGAAUUGGAGCUACCAGUCGGUGGCAAGAAAGCGGAACUCAUCGAGAGAAUCUUGGGCGAAUAG